AUGAGCCCGGGGCAGGGCAGCAUGAGCCCCGCGCUGCUCCCCGCGCUGCUGCCGCUGCUGCCGCUGCUGCUGGCGAGCCCCGGGCUGUGCUGCAGCUGCGCCCCCGCGCACCCCCAGCAGCUGCUCUGCGACUCCGCGCUGGUGAUUCGAGCAAAAAUAUCCAGCGAAAAGGUGGUUCCUGCCAGUGAUGAUCCCCUUGAUACUCACAAAAUGAUCCGGUAUGAAAUCAAACAAAUAAAGAUGUUUAAAGGAUUUGAAAAGCUCAAGGAUGUCCAGUAUGUCUAUACCCCUUUUGAUUCGUCACUCUGUGGAGUGAAAUUAGAAGCCAACAACAAAAAACAGUAUCUUCUGACAGGCCAAAUUUUAAGUGAUGGCAAAGUCCUCAUCCAUUUGUGCAACUACAUUGAACCGUGGGAUGAUUUAUCCUUGUCUCAAAAGAAGAGUCUGAAUCAGAGAUAUCAAAUGGGCUGUGGCUGCAAGAUAACCACAUGCUACAUGGUGCCCUGCUCCAUCACUGCCCCCAACGAGUGCCUGUGGACAGACUGGCUGAUCGAGAGGAAGCUCUACGGGCACCAAGCCAAGCACUAUGCCUGCAUCAAGAGGAGCGACGGCACCUGCAGCUGGUACCGAGGUGGGCCCCCCCCCGAGAAGGAGUUCAUUGACAUAAGUGAACCUUAAAAGCAGCACUUCCUAAAAAGCCUUGGGGUCUCAUUCCAUCCACCACUGCCCACUCACAGCUCUGAACUGCCAUCGUCUCAUGUAUCUGUCGCUUAGAAACACAAAUUGUCCUGCCAGUAAAGUCCGAGCUGUGGGACUGGCACUGGUGUAGGACAAGGACAAACCUCCUGGAGGUACCUACUCUGUGCUGUUAUGCUUUGCACAGAGGCUCGAGCUGAGAAAGCUCCUCUGUGUCCUCCAAGGCAUAACAAGUUCCCUUUUCCCAAUAUGAAUGUACAAGAACAAAAGAGUUGCCAGAAUUUGUCCCCUGUUUGAUAACCUACAGAUUAAGAGCACCCCGUGUUGUAUUCCAGAUCUUUCCAAUGAACCACAGAAUAUUUUAUAGAACUAUUUUUUCUGCAUGAAAGUCUUUGACACAAAAGAAUUGUUGUACAGUGUAUAUGUAAAAUAUUAUAACAAUGUGCAAUUUAAAAAAAAUCACAAAUAUUUCCUUACCUGUUGAAACAAGUUGAACACUUCUGGGAUUAAAACAAUCUGUGCUCCA